UAAACAAAGCGGCCAAGGGUGACCAAAGGGUGACCUCGAGACACACUUUCUACACUCUUUUCCUUCACUCUAAGUCGCGCUGUGAGGUGUGGGACUCGAUUUGCUACAAUGUAAGGCUCCAGAGAUGCCCCCUGACUUGCCUGAGGCAACAGGCCUCUCCUCGGUGGUCACAAAUGUUUCCAGCAGAAGUGCCGGAGCCGGUGACCGAGAAGAUCCUGCGAAACAAGAAAAUGGAACGGAACACUCAAGCACUUCCUGCACUUCAACAAAUGCUGAAACUGGAGGUUCCCAGCCUCCCAGUGCAGCAGGUGGUGGCUGUAAAAUGUAUUAUAUCACACCUCAGCUCAGAGAUACCUUUGCGUCUAUUGGAGCGGUACAUAAACCAUACCAAUUUAGAGAGGUUCUGCAGAUGCUGAAGACUUAUCUUUAUAGUAAUCGUAGUUUAUUCGACCCACAAGACAUUCACUAUGUCAAUUGUGGUAGUGAUCCCCUUGGGAAGGCUUUCGGAGUAAAUCGAUUUCACUUUAAUGAUGUAAGGACUCUGGUAGCUAAGAAUUUAAUUCCUGUGGAAUCAAGGCUCCAGAUACAGCCUGUAACUCAGAAACAGGCACCAGAUGGCUCUUUAGGUCCGUCAAAUAAUAUUAUUAAGGAUAGUGUAAGGACACAAAGUACAGCAAAUGUAAAUAGUAAUGUAGAUACAACCAAUGACAAAACAGAGACAGGUGUUUCAGAAGCUCCUGUCAGUACAGUGAAUACCCAGAGUGGUGAAGCAAGUGCAGAACCCCUAACACUUCCUGGAUCAUCAAGGAGCAGUCAGAGAGCCGUUUCAGGCAACAGAAGAUCCAAGAGUUUUGCUACUCUGUACAAGUUCUGUAUCCCAGAAAUCCCUGACACAAAUUCAGAAUCAGAGACGGAUUAUAGUUGUCAGGGAUAUGAAACAGCAUACUGUCGGAACACAGAGUUUGAGGAGAGCAGCUCAGAAACUGACUGCUACAUCGACGAGUACGAAAUUGCCUCCUUUGAUGAGCAAGAGCAGAAACAAUCUGACGAAGGAGAUUCUGAUAUUGAGGAUGUAGAGGUGGCCGUGUUUGCAAUCCACACUCUCUGCCAGGAUGAUUCCGAGCAGGGCUUCUGGGCAGAUGACUCGCAGACUGAAAGCCAGUCAACAGACUCGGACCCAGAGCUUGUGGCGGAGAGGUGGAACUGUCUCAGUUGUGGCUUGCGCAACAAACCCUUUGUGCGAUACUGUGGCAAAUGUUGGCAGCUAAGAAAGGACUGGCUACCAGAACGAUCCAAAAAGAGAAAGAGAAGGAAACCGAGGCCAAAAAAGAAGGCUAAGAAAUUAAAAGAGCAGACAGAGGAGCAGAAAAAGACACAGGAACCAUCAUCAGAAAAGACCAGCCUGUCAGGGGAUGUGGCAGGCCCCUCACACACCAAGGAAGUGCUUUUGAUAUCAGGCACGUUGGAGACGCCACCAACAGGCUCCCUGGAUCGUUAUGGCUCCCAAGACUCGGGGAUAUUCAUGUCCCAGGAAAGUCUGAAUGAUUUCAGUAAUGAUCCUGCAACUUCAAAUAAUGCAAAAACAGAGCUGGGAUCCACUGAGUUUGUCAAGCCAGAGGGGCGGUCCCCUUUAUCUCGGCAGUUGUCACUCCCCAGUAGUUGUGAUAAUGGGGACAGCAAGACGAGGAGGAAGAGGAGGUCAUCCCUUUCCUUGGAAGUGGAAAUGCCUCCUUCCAAAGCCUCAAAAUCUUCUGACUGGCCAGGAAAAGAGGAGAGCCAGAAUGAUGAGGCUGAUGCUCGGUCUGAAGAAUUCAUUAAGUUCCUGCAGUCGAGUGCAGGAAAGAAGUGCUUUUUACAGUUCCUGCAGUCGAAGUCUGGAAAGGAUUGGCUCAGGUCAGAUGGUAAAUUAUUCCAGUGGUCCCAGCCAGUACAAGAAACAUGCAUGGAAGCCCUUGGAACCAGCGCCAAUUCUGGUUUGUCUGGCAGAUGUUCACCAGAAACCAUAUCAGGGCUCUCCCUCAUGUGCUCCAUUUGUUGUUUACGCCCCAAAAAUGCAUCAAUUAUUCACGGUAGACUGUCGCACCAAGCCACCUGCUACCAGUGUGCCAGGCGCUUACUGGAUAGUGGUGGGAGAUGUCCCGUGUGUCGCCGAAAAAUACAUAUGGUAUGUAAGCAUAUUAUUGCCUGAGGUACAUUUUUGUAUAGUUUCAUGAUUGUGUAAAUAUAUGAAAUAAUUGUCUAUACAAGAAGAGAGAAAAAGAGAGUGUUGUGUUCAGUUUGAAUGAAUGGCAGGAAAAAUUUUCUUUAUCUUUAUCAUUAUAUAAUUAUUUUUUUUUUCAUUUGAUAUUAGUUUUUUUCUGAUUUGUAUUUUUAGCUUUAUAUAAAAGUGGACAUGAAAAUAACUAGGUUAUGGAAUGAAUACCAUUACUACCCUCUGUGCUACACAUCUUGAUAGCCACAAACUGAUGUGACCUUAAAAACAUGAGUUUUUAUAACCAACCAUGCAUGUGGUAGAUAUUUUUUACUUUGAUAUGAAUGAUUAACCACUUUGAUGAGUUGGCAAGAACAGGCUUUUCCAAUCUUUAGGAACUAUCCACUCUGUAGGUCUUCCACAAAAUACACAAAAAAUACCAUAACUGACAGCUUGUAUACUCUAUUGGAUGAGCUUUGACUGUCGUACAUUUGCCCUUCCAUGUCUCCUCUUCUUACUUAAUUACAGUGCGCAGAAUAUGUGUAAAGAUUGCCAUGUCUAAAGUUUGGUUUCAGUGUUGAAGUGAUUUUAUACAGUACUUUAGAUUGAUUUUAUGUUGUUACAUUUAUGAUUUUCAAAUAUUGUUUUUUCCAACAGUUGCUUUUUUCUGCAUGAAAGCAGAGUUGUAAUCUGGUUUACAUUUUUGUUUGUUAUGAUUACAGGGCGGUACAUUUUUGUGAUUAUUAAUGGGUCGUGCAGAUAUAUAUUGUAUCGGUAGUAUAUUUAUAUUUGAGUCUUCCCUAAGCUAAAGGGAAUAAUGAUGGAAAUAAUGAUGGAAUUACAUGACAGAGUCAUGUAAUUCUCCUUUAUCACCUUUAUAUCACGUGGUUCUGUUUUCUUGAAAUCGAACAUAGCAGUUACAUACAUUAAGAAAUAUAUAGAUAUAUAUUUUUUGGUUGCGCUGAUUAUCAUAAAUAACUUCUAUCUUCAUUGAAAAAGAAAUAUAGGAUUUUAAGACCUAGAGCAACUGUUAUAGAAGUAGAUAGAGAUGUCAGUAUUAGGUGAAGAACAGGUAUAUACUUGCAUUUGGAAAGCUGAAAGCAUUAAUUAAUUAUUAUGUUGCAGUGGAGAGUGAUUUGUGUUUGAACGGUAUGACAUCAUCUCACAUCAGAGAGUUACUUUUUUAUGAUGAAUUUCUAGUUUCCUUUCACAGGAGGUGAAUCCUUUUGUAAAAUGUCGUAAAAAGAAGUCAUUAGCGAUAAGACAUGUAGUCCAUAAUUUUUUUUACAAGUUAAGUGUGCUGUUUGUCUUGUUUUGAUCCACUGUAUAUAAUAAAAAAAAAUAUAGAUGUAUAUGUUUUUAUGAUUAGAGUACUUUGUAUAUGAAAUCCUGUAGGUGCUCAAAGUAGCAAGAAACUGACAAGAUCUCUCAACCAUCUUCCAAUUUACUUUUUGGAAUGGGACUUGAGUAUUAUAGUGUGUAGUCAUCAAACUUAUCUUCCUUUUUUAACCAAUAAACAAUUUUUGUACACUAAACACAUUAA